UCGUCUCCUGCUCAGCCCAUAUAUGUAUAAAGAGAACGCCAUUUUUCCCGAUCGAGCUCUUCUUUGUCCACUCGCCUGCAACAGCUCGACACUACCCAUCCGACAUCUGUUCUCAUCUUCUCCAUCUGUUCGGGCUUCAGCACCACCUCUAGCUAGUUAACCAUGGAGGAGGAGACGCAGCCGAAGGUGGAGGUGCCUUGCUACUUCUUGUGCCCCAUCUCCCUGCAGAUGAUGCGCGACCCCGUGACUCUCCCCAGCGGCAUCACCUACGAUCGCGACGGCAUCGAGCGGUGGCUGCUCACCGCCGGCACCUGCCCGCUCACCAAGCAGCCCGUGCCGGCCGACUGCGAGCCCACGCCCAACCACACGCUGCGCCGCCUCAUCCAGUCGUGGAGCGCGCUCCACGCCGCCGCGGGCGUCGAGCGCGUCCCGACGCCCAAGCCCCCCAUCGACCGCGCCCGUGUCGCCGAGCUGGUCUCGCGGAUCGCCGCCACCAGCAGGACAACGGCGCCGCAAGAGCUCCUCGCCGCGCUGCGCGAGCUCAGGGACGUGGUGGCCGAGAGCGAGAGGAACCGGAAGCUCGUCGCCGCCGUCCCCGCCGCGGUGGACGUUUUGGCGACCGUGUUCGUCGCGUCGGCGGCGACAAAGGCGGAAAGCGUUGCCGUCUGUGACGAGGCGCUCGAGAUCAUCUCCUCGCUCCAGCUCUCGGAACAGUGCCUGGCCCGUGUCAUCUUCGAGACGAACGAGGCGCUCGUCGAUGCGCUCGUCUCCGUUCUGCAGCGAUCCAACACGGCGUCCAGGGCGCACGCGGCGCUGAUUCUCCAGAACGUGACGGCCGCCAUGUCGCCGAGCAGGCUCGUGUCCCUGCCGGAGCAGGUGUUCGGGGAGGUGGUGCAGCUGAUCCGCGACGAGGUAUCCAAGGCUGCGACCAAGGCGGCGCUGCACGUGCUCGUGGGCACGACGUCGUGGGGCCGCAACCGCGUCAAGGCGGUGGACGCCGGCGCGGUGCCGGUGCUCGUGGACAUACUCCUGGACGCGCCGCAGCGGCGCGCGUGCGAGCUGGCGCUGGGCGCGCUGGACAGGCUGUGCGGGUGCGCGGAGGGUCGCGCCGCGCUGUUGGCGCACGGCGCCGGCGUGGCGACCGUCGGCUGGAAGGCCUUUAGGGUGUCGGACGUGGCCACCGACAAGGCGGUGCGGGUGCUGCGGUCGGUGGCGAGGCACGCGGCCACGCCGGCGGUGGUGCAGGAGAUGGCGCACACCGGCGUCGUGGGAACGCUCUGCGCGGUGGCGCUGUCGGAGUACUGCGCCGAGAGGACGAGGGAGCGGGCACGGGAGACGCUCCGGCGGCAUGCCAGGGCCUGGAGGACCUCGCCUUGCCUGCAUCACCACCUCCAGGCCAUGUACCCUUGCUAACACCCCACGCCAUUGGACGACUCUGAGCAAGGAAAUGCUAAGCCUGAGUGCAUCCGUCGCAGAGGAGUUGAGCUUUUCUUUUCUUUUUUUCAACCUGUCGAUCUGUUGGUGUAGUUCUAGCUGCUAAUUGAGGUGUACAAAGACGGGCAGAAUUAAAGUGGGAUCGAUAGAGGAGAAGAAUCGGCUCGAUCGAGUUUUUCUUAAU